GAAGUGCGCGGGCGGAAGUGAGCGACAGGAAGUCUGGCAAGAGCAACCGCUGGCCGAGGAAAGCGCGGCGUCACAACGACGGCAGCGGCACCUGGUGGACGGAGGUGGAAUCGCAGAAACGGUCCAAGUCGCAGUGGCUCUUGACCUUUCUGUCUUUCUUGUUGCUUCCAGCGUCUCUCAGGCUGUUAUUGUAGGAAAUCACGUGUGGCGUGUGAGGAAUGGCGCAUUUAGGCGCCGCACUUGCUUGCUCGCGCAGCCGAAGGCCCGCCGGCCACACAGCGAGCACGACGACAAGCGGAGGCCGCCGCCGCCGCGCACCUGUUGCCGUCACUCACAGCGUUUCCAGCCCAAAAUGGAAGGAGGGCACACAUCCGCAUCCGCACCUGACCCGUGCGCGCUUUGCUUUCGCGUCGCAUCGCAGCACAGCGAGAGAACGGAGAACAUGUUCAACAUGUCCACCGGCGACGGCUUCGGUAAGCGCGAGUCGCCUGCGAGUCCGCAGGAGAGCUGCGGCGCGGCGUCGCCGGAAGAACCGGAAAGGCCGACUUCGGCGGAGCUGGAACGCCUCCUGUACAGCGGUAAAAGUUCCUGUAACCAUGUGGAUGAAGUGUGGCCCAAUUUGUUCCUCGGAGACAUGUGCGCGGCCCACGACCGACACGGUUUGUGGAAGAUGGGCAUCACUCACGUCCUGAAUGCGGCUCACGGGAAAAUGUACUGCAAGGGAAGCCACGACUUCUACGGUACCACGGUACAGUACCGCGGGGUGCCUGCCAACGACUUGCCGACGUUUGACAUGUCGCCCUACUUCUAUUCCGCCGCGGAUUACAUUCGCGAGGCCCUGGACGCUCCGGGUGCCAAGAUGUUUGUGCACUGUGCGGUCGGAGUGAGCAGGUCUGCUGCGCUGGUGCUGGCCUUCCUGAUGAUCCACCACCACUUCUCGCUCAUGGAUGCCAUCAAAAAAGUCAAAGAGAGCAGGUGGAUUUUUCCAAACAGAGGAUUCUUGAAGCAGCUACAAAAGCUGGACGCAGACUUGUGCAAAAAAAGAAGGAAACCGGUGCUGAGCGACGAGUGACACGGGCAGCAAACGGAGGUCGCGCCGCUUAUUGAAACAGGUCUCCUGCUUGCACCACAUGUGAAAGGACACACUGCCCUGUCCAGUUUGCAAAACUGCUGAGCACAAACCUGGAG